AUGGAAGAAAAUGAUCACGGCAACAGAGACGUGGUGGAGCGGCAGGAAUCGGCGGAUGAAUCAAAUAGAGCCAUCCUUCCGCUGUUACAGGCGCCGGGGAACCUGCAGAUCCCACACCGGGUCACCAAUUUCUUCAUCGAUAACAUCCUGCGGCCGGAUUUCGGCCGGAAAAAGGACGGGGGCGCAAACCGCGAAGAGAACAGCUUGGCAUCGCGGGAGAGCCACAGCAGCCCGGCGGCCCCUCAGACCGAGCCGGUGGGGAGCACGGUGCCGGCGGAGGGGACGUCCACUCCGCACACCGUUACCGGGGCCAAGAAGCAGGCUAUACCCGCCGAGGAGCCCCUGAAAUCCCGCGGGGAGAACGGAGACCAGUGCCUAAGCUCAGACUCAGACAGUUCCCAAGCCAGCUCAAACCAAGCCGUGUCUAAGCCCAUGCUGUGGCCAGCCUGGGUCUACUGCACCCGCUACUCGGACAGGCCUUCUUCAGGGCCCAGAUCACGCAAACCAAAGAAGAAAUCGACCAGCAAAGAGGACAAGCGACCACGGACGGCCUUCACAGCAGAACAGCUGCAAAGACUAAAAUCGGAGUUUCAGACAAAUCGGUAUCUGACCGAGCAGAGGCGGCAGAACCUGGCACAGGAACUGGGCCUGAACGAGUCCCAGAUCAAGAUCUGGUUUCAGAACAAGAGGGCCAAAAUCAAGAAGGCCAGCGGCACUAAAAACUCUCUGGCCUUGCACCUGAUGGCACAGGGACUGUACAAUCACGCCACCGUCACGUCGAAGGACGAAAAAUCAGACAGCGAUUGA